CGUCCCUCCCCCGGAAGACUUCUCUCUUCUUUAUACCGGAAGUUCCCCCUCUUUCCCUUCCUCUUUCCCCCCCACGGGCACCGGAAACGCGCGCGGCUUCCCGAGUUAUUGUGCGCGGGAGAGAGCAAGAUGGCGGCUAAUAUGUACCGGGUGGGAGAUUAUGUCUAUUUUGAGAAUUCUUCCAGUAAUCCAUAUCUCAUCAGACGAAUAGAGGAACUUAACAAGACGGCAAAUGGUAACGUAGAAGCGAAGGUUGUAUGUUUAUUCCGCCGCAGGGACAUAUCCAGCAGUCUGAACAGCCUCGCUGACAGUAACGCACGAGAGUUUGAAGAUGAAUCAAAGCAGCCAGCUGUUGGAGAGACCCAUAGACACCAGUUAAAACAUAGGGAGCUUUUUUUAUCCCGUCAGUUUGAAUCACUGCCAGCAACACAUAUCAGAGGGAAAUGUAGCGUGACUCUCUUGAAUGAAACAGACAUCCUGGGCCAAUAUUCGGAGAAGGAGGAUUGUUUCUUCUAUUCACUGGUGUUUGAUCCAGUUCAGAAGACUCUACUGGCUGAUCAGGGGGAGAUCCGUGUUGGUUCCAAAUAUCAAGCUGAGAUUCCUGAUCAGCUGGCGGAGGGAGAAUCCGAUAACAGAAACCAGCAGAAAAUGGAGAUCAAAGUUUGGGAUCCAGAGAAUCCCUUGACUGACCGACAGAUUGACCAAUUUCUAGUGGUAGCAAGGGCUGUUGGGACCUUUGCAAGAGCUUUAGAUUGCAGCAGUUCAAUCAGACAGCCAAGUUUACACAUGAGCGCUGCGGCAGCAUCUCGCGACAUCACACUGUUUCAUGCCAUGGAUACACUACAGAGGAAUGGGUACGACCUUGCCCGUGCAAUGUCCACGCUGGUUCCUCAAGGGGGGCCCGUACUCUGCAGGGAUGAAAUGGAAGAAUGGUCGGCAUCAGAGGCGAUGCUUUUUGAGGAGGCGCUGGAGAAAUACGGCAAGGACUUCAAUGACAUCCGACAAGAUUUUCUCCCUUGGAAAUCUCUUGCUAGUAUCGUUCAGUUCUAUUACAUGUGGAAAACUACAGACCGAUAUAUCCAGCAGAAACGCUUGAAGGCAGCUGAGGCUGACAGCAAACUGAAACAAGUGUACAUCCCCACCUAUACAAAACCCAACCCCAAUCAAAUUAUUUCUGUGGGCAAUAAGCCAGGUCUUAACGGAGCAGGAUUCCAGAAGGGUCUGACCUGUGAGAGCUGUCAUACCACCGUAUCUGCCCAGUGGUAUGCUUGGGGUCCCCCCAAUAUGCAGUGUCGCCUCUGUGCCUCCUGCUGGAUCUAUUGGAAGAAAUAUGGUGGUCUCAAAACCCCAACACAGUUGGAAGGAGCAACACGGAUAGAACCACAUUCCAGGGGCCAUCUUUCUCGUCCAGAGGCUCAGAGUUUGUCCCCAUACACUACCAGCGCUAACCGUGCUAAGCUGCUGGCGAAAAACCGUCAGACCUUUCUGCUGCAAACCACCAAGCUGACUCGCAUUGCGCGACGUACAUGUAGAGACAUUCUUCAGCCAAGGAGAGCUGCGCGCCGGCCUUAUGCCCCCAUCAACUCCAACUCUAUCAAAGCAGAAUGUUCUGUUCGCCUUCCAAAAGCAGCAAAGUCACCUCUGAAAAUACAGAACCUUGUGCGCCCCCCCUUGGCAACUAUUGUGAAGGAGCUAGCGGCCCAGGCUCCCCUUAAGCCGAAAACCCCACGUGGGACGAAGACCCCAAUAAACAGGAACCAGUUAACACAGAGUAGAGGACUGAGCGUGCUACCUACAAAAAGAGCAUUUGAUGCAGUGUCUGGUGUGGGUGUUGUUCCUCCAUUCUCUGCAAAUGGCCGCUCGUUCUCUUCAGGUGUCCGCUCUAGCAAUCAGGCAGGUGUAAAGAGACAGAAGCUCAACGUUGCCGAUGCCCCUAAUCCAGUGGUGUUUGUGGCUACUAAAGACACAAGAAGUCUCAGGAAAAAUCUCUCGCACAUGGACAUGCGUAGAGCUGCUCGUCGCCCAAGUCAACCAGUGAAGUUAAAGGUCCCACUCCCGCCACGGCCUGCAAACCUCCUGCCUCCACUUAAUCCAACUCACCCUGCCAGUACAAGUGAGCCCAUCGUUCUGGAGGACUGAGGGACCUUUUAAACAGAGCUCGACCCUAUUCUGAGAGAAAGCAGCCAGGCAAUCAUGCUGAAGAACAGAGGGACAUCAAUAUAGUUGUUAAAUCAGAAAGAACCCAUGCUCCUCCUUCUUCUGCUUUCCAGCAACAGUGUCUGGUUAUGGCUUAUUUCUCUACAGUCCUUUCCCCUUACUUUUCUCCCAAACGCCUUUUUAUUUUUAAUAUAUAAUUUUUUUCAUGUAACUCCAUUGCCCCACCCUGUUUGUUCAUAAGCCCUUUCAACCCUUUCUUCUGAUGUAUACUUUUUUUUUUUUAUUCUUUAGUUUGCUUUUUUGUACGAGGAAAGAAAAAAUGAGCUGUCCACUAAAAUGAAAAAAAAAAGGCAAUAUACAGCUUUGUCUGGAUGAUGGAUUUUCAGGUAGCAGGGGAACAUGGAGCUUUGUAGUGCAGGCAUUUUGUGGAUUUAAUAAAAGGUCAGAAGUCAUAACAUCCUACUUGGUACAGAUGGUGGCACGGUCUUUUAUCUGGAAAUCUAUGCUGAUACGUGAAUAAAGCACAUAAAAUGUU